AUGCCGGACCUCGUUAUGCGAAAGUUGUCUGCGCUGAUCUCUUUCACAGACUGGAUGCAAGCCUGCCAAGUACUGAGAGCCUGGAGAUCUUAUCCACCCCAAACGCUUACUCUCUCCGACUCUGAUAUAUGGUACCGACUCCCUGCCAAGGUCAGAGUUCCAACAGACUACCGCUUAUUAAGCAUCGACACAGAAAGUGGUGGACCAAUUGGUCCCUUUGGUGCAUGUCCCGUGCUCCUGCGUGCAAUCCCUAAUUUGGGCCUCUCCUUGCACUAUGUAACCUCUGUUGAUCUCCGCAGUCAAUGCAGCAGUUUUCUACAAAUCCUUCAGCUCCUUUCGAGAGACUGGCCCUCUUUAUCUUCUCUUUCUGUUCGAAUAGCACAAUCGAGCAACAUCUCAUUUGGCGGGUUUUGUCCCCCAAAAGCCACAGUAUUUACCGUCGUACUUCCGAAGCUAGCUCAUGUCAUUUUGUGCAUAAUGGAUGUCGGCAGCCUCUACGAUCCAGGCUUUGGGUCAUUUUUUGCCCUUAUCGGAUCCGUGACUCACCUCGUUUUGGAUACGAGGCAUGUUCCAUUCGUCACUCAAUCACUUAUCGAGCCACCCACUGCCUUACCUAGGGUUAUUCAUCUCUCCAUUCCCCCUCAAAAUCCCCUUGUGGGCGAACAAGACCUUCCCCGGUUCUUUCCUAACUUAUUGAAAAUCACCUGGCUGGCCUUUCGCGAAGAUGUAACUCUUAGCCUAUCUAGUGAUGCAUGUCUGCUGGAGUUCUGUCGUCUAUUCCCCCGUCUUCAGUGCCUCAGCCUCGCCCCCUUGCGUGAUUUCGGGACAACCUUUUUCACUGCAUCAACCCUCUAUCCUUGCCUACAGCGGCUCUACCUCGUACAGUCCCGUUCCAUUCCGCACGAUGUGUCACAUCGUCAUAUUUCUAGUCGCAACAUGUCGUUACUUUUCCGGUCGGUUCCUCUUAAAGUCUUUGUGUACUGCACACAAUUUAUAGACUGGGCCACUGAAGAUUUCCAGACGAUCUUAUCCAAUGGCCAGUGUCUAAGUCAUGCUUUUACUGAAGCGGAGAGCGUAAAGGCCAUCGUUGCAUCUUCCGGUCAGUGCCCACUGUUGGGGUUUGUGCAGCCAAUCAACGAAGGAUACAGCGUCGAUUUGCCUCCAGCUCUUGCCACUUCAGUUCACGGUCCGGUGCAGUUCCAUCAGCGAAUGGACAAGGAGUGUGAGACGGAAAGAAAGGCGGCUUGA